AAAAGCAUAUGAUUCUUUCUCUCUCUCUUAGACACUCUCGCACUGCUCCCCCUGAAACUGAGCUCUCAAGCUUUACUUUUCCAUGCCUUUUUUUUCUGUCUUUGUUUAAAAUUUAUUUUUCUGUCUCUUUCUUCCUUUCCCAUCUUCCAUUCCACAUCUACACUCUUAAACACAGUGUGGUUUUUAGCUGAGAGAACCAAUAUACCCCAUACCCAUACACACACAACACGCACACACACACACACACACACACACACCUUUAAGCAUAUCAUACAUUUCAUUUUUCAACACCACUUUUAAGGGAAACCCAGAUUGGAAUUAGGGUUUCUUGUAAUGCUAUGAGCUUGAAUCUCUCAGUUUAAAGGGUUGUUGGUGUUCCUUCUGAAAAUACCAGUAAUGGGUCGAAAUGUGCUCGUAUUGGGUCUCACCCUUUUGGUUCUGUUUGGAGUUGUCUCUUCAGCUUCCAGCAAUGCACCAGCAAAGAUUGUCACUGGGUUUUUGUCAAAUGCUGUGUCUGUUGCCAUGAAGAAGCUGUGGUCACUCAAAACAACGACCAAAACAGCGAUUACUGGCCGUCCGAUGAUGAAAUUUGAGAGUGGAUACACUGUGGAGACGGUGUUUGAUGGAAGCAAGCUUGGAAUUGAGCCUUACACUGUUGAGGUCUUGCCCAGUGGCGAGCUUCUGAUUCUGGACUCUGCUAAUAGUAACCUAUACAGAAUCUCUUCCUCCCUGUCUUUAUACAACAGACCGAGGUUGGUUGGAGGUUCUGCUGAUGGACACCCUGGACAUGUAGAUGGGAAACUCAGAGAUGCAAGAAUGAAUCACCCCAAGGGGCUUGCAGUUGAUGACAAAGGAAACAUUUAUAUUGCAGACACAAUGAAUAUGGCAAUCAGGAAGAUAAGUGAUGCUGGGGUUACAACAAUUGCUGGAGGGAAAUGGGGCCGUGGUGGAGGCCAUGUUGAUGGACCAAGUGAAGAUGCAAAAUUUUCUGAUGACUUUGAUGUGGUUUACAUUGGAAGCAGUUGCUCCUUACUUGUCAUAGACAGAGGAAAUCAAGCUAUCAGGGAGAUCCAACUUCAUUUUGAUGACUGUGCAUACCAAUAUGGAAACGGCUUUCCUCUAGGGAUUGCAAUGCUUCUUGGGGCUGGCUUUUUCGGUUACAUGAUAGCACUACUGCAGCGUAGAGUGGGUAUGAUUGUUUCCACUCAGAAUGAUGAAGACUCAAUGAAGACAAAUAUUCCACCAAGUGCUUAUCAGAAGUCUUUGAAAUCAGUCAGGCCACCUCUAAUCCCAUCAGAAGAUGAGCAGGAGAAGCAGGAAGAAGGGUUCUUUGGAUCCCUCGGGAAGCUUUUGGUGAAUGCUGGGGCAUCUGUAAUGGAAAUUUUGGGAGCAAUCUUUCCUGGAUUCAAGAGAAAACCGUUAGACUACCAAUAUCAAAGCCAACAACAGCAAAAGCAUUCAAAUGCUUGGCCUGUGCAAGAAAGUUUUGUGAUACCAGAUGAGGAUGAACCUCCUCCUUCCAUUGAGACCAGAACCCCAACCCCGAGGAAAACAUAUGCAUUCAUGUCCAAGGAUGCUGAAAAAAUGCACCAAUUAAGGCAAAGUCGAGUCUUCUAUAAUGAUUGGGAUGGUGAUCAGCAGCAGCAGCAGCAGCACAAGCAGCAGCAGCAGCAUCAUCAUAGGUAUUAUUCACCUGCCCCAUACACUUACUAUGAGAAGAGCUGCGAGAAAACCAACGAGACCGUCUUCGGGGCAGUUCAAGAACAGGAUGGAAGGCGUGAGGCUGUGAUCAUAAAGCCUGUGAAUUAUGGGGACCCCAUGUUUGAUCAUCACAAUAUUCGGUCUAGAUUCAAUUCCAGAGGUUACGCCCAUGGUACUUGAUCAUAUAUAAUACAUAAGUGGGGAUGGGGGAAUUCAUAGUUUUGACAUCAUUUGAGUUUGCCAUAAAUCCAAAUUUUUAGGUUAUAGAUGGUAUCAUGGAUUCCAUGAAGAAUGAAGUGUAUGGAGUGUUGGAUGGAAAUGAGCUCCUGUUGUAAUGUGAAGUUUUUUCUUUAUCUGGCCUAAAUGUUAAAAGGUCGCUAAAAAUUCUUAUAUAAUUGGGUAUUGAAAAUUCAUGGGAUAUUGAUGUGCGUAGAAUAUAUAAAAUGCUUUUAAUCAA